AUGGCUCCCUUCUCUCUCCUCUUCAUCAUCUUCCUUUCCACACCCUCUCUCUUCCUCACAAUAAACGCCGCCCCAGUAGACGACGUGUGCAAUCAAACCAACAACCCGUCGUUGUGCAUCAAGUCCAUAACUUUCAACGAGAGUGUGAAAAAGGAACCCUUAGAAAACAUUCCGAAAAUCGCUGUUGAGCUAUCCAACUUCAGAGCCUUCAUCACUGAAACCACUAUAGAGUCCCUCUCCAAAAAGGCGACAGACCCCAAUGUCAAGGCCCACUAUGAUGUGUGUGUAAAGAUCUACAAAGACACUGUAUUGCCCAUGUUCAAAGCAGCCAAAGUUGACCUCACAGCAAAACGUUAUACUGACGUGGAAAAAAAAUCCGGCGACAUUCUUGCCGGCGUCAGCAGUUGUGAGGCCGAGUUUGUUAAGGGAUCACCGUGGAAUGAAGAUAGCGCGGUUGUGGGUGUUCUUGUCGACGCGCUUCGGGUUGCGGCUAAGUUGCUAGCUAAAAAGAAAAUGUAUUUAGGCUAUUGA